AUGGCAUCAGUUUGGAUGCCACACCAACUGACCAAGGACAACAAAGCAGCUCAUAACAAUGGUGCCAAGCACAUCUGGGAAUUUUUUUCCAACAAAGGCAUGGAGACUUUCUGCAACAAGCUCAACAAGGCCUUUUUGCAGCAAGCUCAUUCCGUGCAACAAGCAGCAGCCGCAAUGCCAAGUUUUAACUAUGUUGAGGAGAAGCAUCAAGUAGGAGUCCAGAUUGUAGGAAUGUCAGCUACAUUGCCAAAUCUGGAUAUCUUGGCUAGCUGGAUCUCAGCAGAUCUCUACAAAACGGAUUUCCGGCCUGUUCCAUUGACUGAGAUCAUCAAGAUUGGGAGUGGCCUGUAUGAUAAGAACCUUUGCAAAGUGGCAGAGCUUUCUGUCACUAUGGCUAUCAAGAAUGAUCAAGAUCAUCUGGUCCAGCUGUGUUUGGAAACAGUUGCUGCAGGCCAUUCAGUGCUGGUCUUUUGUCCAACCAAGGCAUGGUGUGAAAAUCUGGCAGACAAUGUGUCCAAGGAGUUCUACAGCCUUGGGAAAGAUCCAGAUGGAUAUGCAGGCAAGUCAGAGAAGUUGAGAAAAUCUGGAUAUGCUCUGCGUCAGAAUCUGAGUGGGGAAAAACUACGAGAAAUUUUAGAGGCCCUCAAGAAAACACCUGCUGGUUUGGAUUCCAUUCUUGGCAAGACAGUGCCAUUUGGCAUAGCAUUCCAUCAUGCAGGUCUGACAUUUGACGAGAGGGACAUUGUAGAGGGUGCUUUUCGACAAAAUGUGAUCAAGGUUCUGGUUGCAACAUCUACUCUCAGCUCAGGAGUGAACCUUCCUGCCAGAAGAGUGAUUGUCAGAUCACCAAUCUUCCAUGGGAAACUCAUUGAUACACUUUCAUACCAACAGAUGAUUGGGCGAGCUGGUCGAAAGGGUGUAGAUACCCAAGGAGAAAGCAUCCUGGUUUGUAGAGAUAAUGAAGCAACGAAAGCUGCAUUCCUGAUGAAUGCAUCCCUUGAGCCUGUUACCAGCUCCUUAGGGCAGGAAGGACAAAGCCUCACUUCAAGCCUAAAGCGAGCAAUCCUUGAGGUGAUAGUGAGUGGAGCUGCCACAACACCUGCUGAUGUCCAGCGCUAUGCCAGUUGUACUCUGUUGGUUGCACAGCUGACAAAAAAUUACUCUUCCUCAUCCAAAGCCCCACCUAUUGCAUCUUGCAUUCAAUUUCUGGAAGAUAAUGAGUUUAUCAGAUUCCAGGAGCUUCGUGGUACUGAAAAUGGUCAAUUGUCAGCAUCCCGCUAUGUAGCAACUCCACUUGGUCAGGCUGUUUUAGCUGCUUCCCUUUCCCCUGAUGAGGGACUGCAACUUAUGGAGGAACUCCAGCGAGCCAUGAAAAACUUAGUUCUUGAGAAUGAGCUCCAUCUCCUCUACCAGGUCCAAGUGACACCAUUUUCAGUCAGUAAUCAGUGGCCAACCAUGGACUGGUUGAACUAUUUGACUGUUUGGGAGGCCCUUCCUGCCCAAGUCAAGAGAGUUGGGGAGCUUGUUGGUGUGGAGGAGCGCUUCCUUGUUCGUGCUAUGAAAGGAUCUAUCAAUCCUACAAACUUGAAACAAGCAAAGCAAUUGAGGAUCCAUCAGAGGUUUUUCACAACACUGGCACUCAAUGACCUUGUCAAUGAAGUGAAUUUAGCAGAAGUUGCAAGGAAAUACUCCUGCUCUAAAGGCUUACUCCAAAGUUUGCAACAGUCAGCAGCCACUUAUGCAGGCAUGGUGACAGUGUUUUGCAACAAAUUGGGGUGGACAAACUUGGAGCUGCUUCUCUCCCAGUUUCAAGUCCGUCUACAUUUUGGGGUUGCUCGUGAGCUAUGUGAUCUCUUGAAGGUGUCACUUCUAAAUGCCUCUCGGGCACGCUGGCUCUAUGAUGCUGGGAUGCAUUCCCUCUCUGAUUUGGCAAAUGCUGCUCCAGAGGAUGUGGAGAUGAUCUUGUGCAAUGCAGGACCAUUUCUCAGUGAAAAGGCUGGUGAAGCAACCAAGAAGCAGGAAUUGCUAGAACAAGCAGCAUUAAGGACCAUAUGGGUGACAGGGAGACCUGGACUGACAGUGAACAGAGCAGCAAAACUUCUUGUUCAAGAAGCAAGAGAUAUUAUUCAGAAGGAGUUAGGGAUUGAAGCUGCAAAAUGGCUUGAACCUUCCUCAACCACAACUGUUAAGGAACAGAAGGCUUUUUUGCCCUUGUCCAAGAAACGUCACAGUGGGGAAUUACAGUCACCAGAAGUCACACUACGUAAAUCCCCUCGGCUUGCAGCCCUUAGCACUCCAUUGAUGAAUCAUGAGAAUCUUCCUACUGUCAUUAGGAGGAAAAAAGGUUCAUCUUCAGGUAAAGUGAGGAAGGGAAAAAAAUCUCAGCAGCAGCACAAGCAUACAAGCUCCUUGAAGCUGAACUCUAGCAGAAACUGCCCCCCAAAGUCUGAUCAUGUGAAGGACAAUGAAAAAUCAGUGGACAUGUCCCAUGAUUUUUUUGCCCAAGAAUCUGAGGAAAAUGAAGCAAGGCAGAAAAUAUAUGAGCAAAAUUCUAAUGAGCAGCCCAAGGAAACACCGACCUUGAACCUGAAUUCCAGCCGCAAUUGUCUCUUGAAACCUGACCUAAAGCAAAACAAAGGAAAAUCAGUAGAUGUGUCCCCAGACCUAUUUUCAUUGGAUUCUGAACAAUAUGAGUUGAGACAGAAGAUCUCUGAACGUCAAGAUACAGGCUUUGUAUCUGCAGCUCAAUAUCAUCAAGCAAAAGCUGUGGGAAUGCAUUCUGUCAGCAAGAAAUUAGAGGAAGUAGUUGGUGGGGCCCCUUUGGGAACUGCCCAUGAGGAUUGUGCAAUGUUUGAUGGGUCCUGGUCUGAGGUAAGCUUUGCCAUUCCAGUUAGUACCAUUAGGGCACCACAAAAGGCUCAGGUAGAGCAGGUUCAAUUAAAGUCUCAUAAGGGUGGGCGAAGGAGUGAUGACCUGUUCAAUUCUCAGAGUCCAGAAAGUAGUGUUUCAUCCAUUACAUCAUUAGAAACAAAUAACAGAAUAUCUGAGAAAGCAAGCAUGCCAUCAGACUCCAAGGGAACUGAGUAUUCCAUUCAGCCUGGAAGCUGUCAGCUCCUUGAAGAAACGAUAAAGAAACCUCCAGCCCACAAAGAUGACACCUUAACUGAUUCUUUUUUUGAGAGAGCUUUUAAGACAUACCAUGCCUCUAUUGAAACUCCCAAGGGGAUCACAUGUACUAUCAGCAAGAAACCAACUCGAGUAGUGGCUUCAACCCCACUUGGCUCAAUGGAAGACUACAUACCUGUUAAACUUAUGGAAUCUCCAUUCCUCACACCAGGGAUGGAACAGGUUCUGCAUCAGUUGGAACAGCGAUUUUCCACGCCUGUUGUAGAUACAGUGAAAAAGAAAACCCAGAGAACCAAGAAUGCAACUAUGGAAAAUACAGAUGAUGACAUCAUUGCAUCAUCUCAGCCCUCACUAAUCAGUUAUCAGAGAUCUGACAAUUUUGCCUCUCCUACAAGAUCACAGAAGAGGGAAGACCAAAGGGAAGUAGAUUGCUCUGUUUUAAAGUCAAGAAAUAUGUUAAAAAAAGAUUACCAACCAGACAGGGAUGAGAGUCACUUGGAGGCAGCACAGAAGUUCUUUGUAGUGGAUACAUGCAGUGACAGGAAGCUUUGGGAAAGUUUCCUACAGGAAUCCAAGAAUAAAUCUGCAUUAAGUCUGAGCAUAGCCUGUGAGAUCAUCCAGCAGGCCAUUCAGGCAAGAAGAAUUGGGCUCCGCAAGCAUCAUGGUGCUCCACAAAGCACAUUGGCAAUGGCACCCCGAGGAAUGCCCUUGACAGAGAGUGACCAGAUUGUGGGUAUCUCAUUCUUCUGGGGGGGAAAGGAUGCCUAUUAUGUCACACUGCUUGAAGAGAAUGCUCCAUAUGUUCAUGACUCUGAAGUAUCUUGGACACAAGCAGCAUUCGACACUUCAAUCACUCAAGCAGAGAGAAUAGCUGGAGUCAUUGACAUUCUGAAAAGCACAGGAGACCUGAUCACACUGGACUCGAAGAAUGUAUACAAAGCACUCAUCAAGGGCAUUGGAGUUGGCCCUCAAACUUUGGGACGACAUCUCCUAGAUCCCAAAGUUGGAGAUUGGCUCCUUGAUCCUGGUACAAAAGAUUCCAGUCUCCAGCAGCUGGUGAUGAAGCAUUGUCCUGGAGAGAGUUCACUUCUAGGGCUCAUCAAGACCAUGUGUGGUGUGGGAAGCAUUGGGUUGAAUGCCAGGAAUAAAGGAACAGGAAGAUUGAGGGCUACAGUUGAGUCAGUUCUGUCCUGGCAUAUGAUGAGAGGCAUUUCUGAGUCCAUAUGCUCUUUAGGAUUGUCUCAGGUGUUCAGAGAGAUCGAGAUGAAGAGCAUCAGGUGUCUUGGGCAAAUGGAAUUGGCAGGCAUAGGCUUCAGUGGUGCUGCUUGUGAAGCUCAGGCUAGUGUCAUGCAAGCUAAACUGGCUGCACUUGAAAAGGAGGCCUUCCAAUUGGCUGGACGGAAUUUCUGCCUGUCCUCUCCGGAUGAUGUUUCCAAGGUGAACGAUAUGAAUAGGACCAGCGGUGCCCAACCUGUGGCCCGCAAUGUGCUUACAAGUGGCUCUAACCCACAAAUACCCUCAGAUUUCCUUAAAAUAGUCUCAUACAAUACUAAUGACUGCAUAUGGCCUGUGUUGGCUGUGAGCAGGGUAACAAUGCAUGAGCCCAACCUGCAGAAUGUCCCCAAAGACUUCCAGAUCCAAAUUACAGAUGCCCUCCUGAACUCUUCAGGUGUUAGUAGAAGAGGUCUGGAAUCCCCAACAAAGAAGGCUAAAAAAUUGUUGGAAACCAGCUUGGGUGGUUUAGUCAAAGAUGUGGAAGGUUCUUCACCUUUUGUUGUGAGCAUGCGACAUUCCUUUCUGCCAGGAGAAGGAUGCCUCUUUCUGUCAGCUGACUAUUCUCAACUGGAACUGAGGCUACUGGCCCACUUAGCCAUUGAAUCCCAACUGAUCAAUAUUCUCAAUAAGGGCAUAGAUGUGUUCAAAGCUGUAACAGCUCAUUGGAUGAAAAUAUCAGUCAGCGAGGUGACAGAUGAGCUCAGGGCUCAGGGAAAGCAAUUGGUGUAUGGCAUCAUCUAUGGAAUGGGAACAAAAGCUCUGGCUGAACAAAUGGGAGUGGAAAAAGAAGAAGAUGCAUUGAUAUUUAUGACAAAUUUCAAGCAGUCCUUUCCUGAGAUACAAAAAUACAUGGAGGAUGUCAUGACGAAGUGUAGAAAGAAGGGCUAUGUAGAAACUAUCUUUGGAAGGAGGAGAUACUUGCCUAACAUCAACAGUUCUUCUCCUCAGGCAAGAGCUCAAAGUGAGCGGCAAGCUUUGAACACAACUGUCCAAGGUUCAGCAGCAGACCUAGUAAAGAAAGCUAUGGUAGCUGUGGAUAAAGCUCUUAAGGAAUCUUUUGGACACAACUGGAUGGAUAUCAAAAAAGCCAGAGGAGCUCGACUUGUUCUACAACUCCAUGAUGAACUCAUUUAUGAGGUGGCAGCAAAUGAUUUGAUUCAAGUGGCACAACUAGUGAAGGAGGAAAUGGAAGGAGCAUUGCAGCUUCGUGUCAAAUUGCCUGUCAGAUUGAAAGUUGGUGCAUCAUGGGCAUUGCUGCGUGAUCUUGUCUUGUGAUAAUGUGUUUUUGAUCUCAAAUAUUGCAGGUACUUGUGGUCUGAAAAAUUCACGCUUACCCU